AUGGGGCCUAUGCGCGAUGGAGGCCGUGGGGAGCCUUCGCCGGCCACGGACAGGACCGAUGCGCCCCUCAUUGAGGCACCCACCUCCAACAACUCCAGCAACUCCACCUCCAACGAGAGCUCCGGUUUCUCCGGUGCGGCCCUGCUGUCUAGCGGCUUCCAGGUGGUCCAAUGUUGUGGCCUUCCAGCUCCUCCAGGGGGUUGGCUGGGGCCUUUUGGCUUCUUCCGGCUGGUGACCUACACGUUCCUCGCAGGCAGGCAAAGAAAUGCAAAGAAUGCAACGAGACAGAAGAUGAACAUGCAGGAGAAGAGCAGGGGAGAGGAGGAGGGAGCAGAGAAGGAGACAAGGAGCAACUCCCCAUCAUAUUCCGAAUCGUAG